UCUGGGUCUCUCUUUGCUUUCCCAUCGAACCCAGAACCCCAGCCAACCUUCUCAAGACCCCAAAUACUUCUCUUUCCCCAUGACCUCAUGUUCCGAUCGAGUUUUUUAUUUUUAUUUUUAUAAAUUUAGGGUGGGUUUACCUCAAGUUGAAUCUUUUUGACAUCCCCACUCAAUUGCAGUGGGAAAGAAAAACAUUUAAGAACUACAAUCUUACUUUAGGAGUUGCAAUUAAGAAUUUCCUUGAAGUUCGUACUGUUUGAAGUCCCAAAAGAGAAAAAUAAUAGCAAGUCAAGGAAUUCUGAGAAAGUUGAAGAAGAAGAGAGAACCAAAUCACAAUGGAAGUGUUUAGCUUUAAGAGAAAGAUUAAGCAUUACAGCAGCGAUCAGAAGAUACUCUUAGUGGGAGAAGGAGACUUCUCUUUUGCUGUUUGCUUAGCCAGAGCUUUUGGAUUGGCUAUCAACAUGGUUGCGACUUCUCUCGACUCCAGAGAGUCUUUGAUGCUGAAGUAUUCAGAAGCUAUGAGCAAUGUGGAGGAAUUAGAGGCCAAGGGAUGCAUAAUAUUGCAUGAGGUGGAUGUCCACAGCAUGAGCCGACACCCUUUGUUAAUUAGCAUACGCUUUGAUCGCAUAAUCUAUAAUUUUCCUCACGCCGGUUACUUGCAUGGUCCCUUUUCUUCUGAACACAACAGGUUCCAAAUUUGGUUUCAUCAGGAUUUGAUCAGGGGAUUCCUCCAGAAUGCACGCGAAAUGCUGACCGCAAUAGGAGAAAUUCAUGUGACACACAAGACAAAAUUUCCAUACAGUGAAUGGAAAAUAGUGGAGUUAGCACGAAAGGUUGGGUUAUAUCUGGUUCAUGAAGAACAGUUCUCACCAUGGGAUUAUCCAGGUUAUGAAAAUAAGAGAGGAGCUGGGAUGUGUGAUCAAACGUUUCCUGUUGGAAUGUGUAGCACCUUCAAAUUUGCCAAGCUGUUGUGCCAUUCCACCACUUCUGGUUUCCACCUUGGCAUUACUACUUCAGGUCCAUGGUCUGGAUAUUCUGGAAUUAAUGGUCCUCGCAUGCAACGGUAAUGUGCCCUACAUGCCUUUGCACUGGAAUGGCGAUGGCAAGCAAGCAUGACCCUCGGAUCGAUCCCUUUGAUUAGAAGAAGUGCAUUGCCGUCAAUAGUUCCCCCCUUUACCACUUGAAACCUCUUUGCCAUACAUAUAUCCUCCCCUGAAUAGUGACAUAACCAAGGGAAGGGACUUCUGUAUAUAUACUGACUGUUCAAGAAUAUGAUUAGACAUCUGAACGCAAUUGAAAGGUUUUCUUCACUUGUGCAACUUUGCCAUUUAAAUAAAAGUCAAUAGUGAUGAGGUUAGGUGAGGCGUGCGUACUGAAUCAAUUGGUUCCCUGAUAAUGAUGGACUUUAGGCCUCUGUUUUUCCGUGUUAUGAGGGCCUGGAUACUGCCAUCCCAUAAACAACAUCCAAUAUUGUGAAUUCUUUUUUUCCGAGUAAGAGUAAAAUUGAUGCAAAAUCACUUGCUCCAAUUAACCAA